UAAGUUUCCUAAAAAAAAAAAAAGAAUUAAAGGGGAAGUACAUUCUAAAUCUAAAAACAAAAUGUAAUAUUUCCCACUCUUAAAUAAUCAUAGUUCUAAUAGAUAUGGUAUAUGGGGUAAAUUUAGUCAUCACUUCCUCUGGCUGCCGAUAGCAUUGCCCUUUAGACAGCAAAUAUAAAAGCAUGUUUGUUCAUAUCUCACUAAGGCUUUUAUCCUUUUUAAGGGCAAUAUCAGAAUAUUAGAGAAAUAAUAUAAAUAAUAAUAUUUCUCUAUAUGAACCCAAGGGCCACAACCUGAAGCUGCCAUCUAGCUCUAUGGUCCCUACUUAGAAACAAGGGCCCUAGGAGUCCUGCUAAGGAAACCCAUUACUUGCCUUGCCAAAGGUACCAUUUCCCAGCUCAGUGUGGAACCUGAAGCAGUUGAUGUUGAGUGGGGCACAGCUUGUGGCUGGGACACAGGGUCUCUUUCUGCUGCUGCUGCUGCUUCCUUCUCCUGUUGGGAAGAAAUCACAUUAACAACUCAUACUGCAAAUAAUGGGGAAUAUUCGCUGCAUCUGCCUGACUCAUGGAGGAGGAGCCACUGACAGAGAAUUGUGCAGCAUGCCUUGGGGAUCAUCUACCUGCUCAAUGGGGAGCUGGCUUUGCAAUGGCGUGGGACGGCUUCUGGUCUUCCUGCUGUCUGUGCCUGCAGCGCAUCUAUGGCUGUAACUGUAGGAAAAAUAGAAGAGGCAAACUAAAAGGCACCAAGGGAACCCAGUGUGAGUGCAUCUGGGUUCUGCUGCUUCUCCUGGUUUUCUUCUUCACACUGAUUUGGAUGCUGAUCACCCUCACCCUGGGAAAUGACAUGCACAACUUCAACGAGGAGGUAUUCCGCUUUGCAGGCAUUUGGCUGGACUGGUCUGUUGUCUUUCUCACAGUGGCAGCUGUGCUUCUCACAUACUGUGGCAUCCUUAUGCUGCUCUCAUUCUGCCUUGUCCUAUGUGGGCUGCCAAUUCAGCUGCACUGGUGCCAUAAGGUUCUCUUUCUUCUCAGCGCCAUUGUGAUCAUUCUCCUAUGCGUUGGUCUUUCUCUGAAGUGGAGAGAAGAAUGGCAAACAGCAUAUAUCUACAUGCAGGCAACACUACCAUUUCUGCACAUAGGAGCUGUGAUCGGGGUAUCUGCUCUGGCCUGGGUCCUUGCUGGGUAUUACUGGAGAACAAAAACUGGGGUACUGAAAUACCUCAUUCUGACAGUUUACAUAAUCCUUCUCGGUGCUCUCUAUCCCCUUCCUGUCUAUAUCACUUCUCCCUGUGUGCUGAAGUCAUCGGAUCUGCCACCCAAGCCAGGCCUCAUAGGACAUCGUGGGGCACCAAUGCUGGCUCCUGAGAACACAUUGAUGUCUUUUAAUAAAACGGUGGCCUCUGGGAUUAAGGUUUUUGAGACAGAUGUUGCAAUAAGUCAGGAUGGAGUCCCAUUCCUUAUGCAUGAUAGCAAGCUGCUCCGCACCACAAAUGUAAGAGAAAUAUUCCAAGAGCAAUCGCAAUAUAAUAGCACCAACUUUACAUGGGCCAACCUCCAGAAGCUCGAUGCAGGCAGUUGGUACCUUGAGAAAGAUCCAUUCAAGACUGUGAGUGUUUUAACUCCACAAGACCAAGAGGAAGUACGGAGGCAAAAAAUUCCUGCUCUACAGGAAGUCCUAAAAGAAGCAGAAAAGAACAACAUAUCUAUAAUAUUUGACCUGUAUGUGCCUCCCGAGGACCACCCAUACAACGAUAGCUACAUCGAUAUUACUCUGGAGACCAUCUUUAACUCAUCAAUCCGGCCAGAGUUAAUUCUUUGGCUACCAGACGAGCAGAGGGAGGAAGUCAUAGCGAGGGCUCCAGGUUUCCGUCAGAUAUUUGGACCUCUGAAGCAAGAAAAUUAUACAUUGGAAGCAGUGAAUAUGCCAUAUAAUCUGAGCUUGGAGAAGAUCCGCUCAUAUAGGCAGAAAAACAUAUCUGUGAAUCUCUAUGUGGUUAAUGAACCUUGGUUGUUCUCCUAUGUUUGGUGUGCUGGAGCCACAUCGGUCACCUCCAAUGCAUGCCACCUUCUGAAGAACAUUCAGCGGCCUCAGUGGGUUCUAGAUCCUCAGUAUUAUGUUAUAAUCUGGAUUGUUGUAGAUGCCAUAUCUUUAGCCCAUGUUAUCUGGGCAUUUAUUAUUCAAAGGACCUGUUCCAAGAGAAAGGAAUAUCAAGAUGCAGAAACUGUGCUUCUUAUGAAAAUUGGGAAUUCAAUAUAAUGGUCUGUCUGGCCCCACCAUCCUUGAUCAGGGAUAUUCUGCUGUGUCUCUUGGCAGUUCUCUCCUCCUGUUCUUAACAGACUGCUAAGAGAAAUCCUGAACAAUCCCAGAGGAGGAUAUCAUUGAGGGCAUGUGUCUUAACAAACUUUAAACGCAAAAUAUGAGUAGAGAACAGGAAGGCUUGCCUAUGGGUUGCACAGAGAUACAGCCUGGAUUUUUCCCACCAGCAGAGACAGAAGCUCACACUUCUGGUGAUGGGUUCAGUUCUCCAAGGGUGCUCUCUGUACAGAUGGAUGCCUUGCCAUUAAUGUGUGAAAUGGUUUAUAUCUAAAACCAAAAUUCAUCCUUCAAUGGAAAAUGAACUCACCCCCCUGUUAAUUUCUUCAUGUAUCAUGUUUUCAACUUCUUUUCCCUUGGAUUUUCCCUCCUGGACUGGAGGACUGGGUCAACAAGGCGUCUGAGAAAUGGCGGGUCAUUUCUAGUGAUACUGACUAAUGGAGCGAGAAGAACAUGCACUACUUGCACAUAUUCUGAAGGCCAUAUUAGUGUUUAGGAUAAACCAGCAGACUUUUUGUUGGAGCAUUAAGCACAGCUUAGUCCAUAUUACUUUUGCAACACCAGAAAGAAUGCACUUUCCAAGUCACUGCUGCACCGAUGAUCCAGUUCUGUAUUUGUAUUUUUAUUUUUAAUGGUAUUUAACCUCUUCAGUGUGACACCCUGCCUUGGUAUUUGGGCAACAGCACACAGGGUAGUUGAACAUGUUUUUAACAUGCUGAAAUCACAGUGCCAAAUGCCACAAAAUGGGAAUAAUGUAAACACCAGAUAUGCAUUAUUACACAAUUCUCAUCUGUUUUCAAGCAUAAACAGCUUUAUUGGGAAAUGACUGGUAAAAGUAUUAUGAAAUAUAUUUAGUGGGGAAAAAGCAGCAGCCAAAAUGUCAAUAAUUGCUAUGAGUGCAUCAGCAUCUUGCUGGCAUAGACUGAUGCUAUCAUAUAGGUUAUAAGAAAAGCUGGGGGUUUGUCUGUGCAAUAGAGUUUCAUUCAGACCCCUCUCAACUGAUUUUUUUGCUAGUUUUGUCACCCCAAGCCUUUGGACUUUUUGGCAACUCUCCUUCUUGUCAGGGGACUGUAACACAACAGGAAGGCUAUAAAGAAUGUAAACUGAAAAGCUGAGACCAGGCAGCUCAAAACAAUGGUAGUUUAGACAGGGUUAAAAACUGCAAGUUGUGCCACUAACACCUUCAUGGAAUCUUGGAACAAGGAUUACCAAGUUGAACUUUAAAAUGCAGGUAUUUCAGCCUAUUAAUGACUGGAUCUAUUGGAAUCUUUUAAGAGGUUCAGCUACAUCUCAAUGUUUUUUUUUUAUAUCAAGCCUUUAAGGUUUUUCUUAAAAGUUGUCUUUUUUUCUGUUAAACAAACUUAAAAAGCAUCUGUACUCAUUCUCAGGGAUGUGAAUGAUCUGAUCGUAGCUGGCAAUGGAAUCGCCUGUUGUCUGUAGGAAUUCUCACAGGGUAUUAAAUAUGGGUUAUUGUGACUACUUUAAAUGCUCAGGAAUGUUUAUAUGGAAAGUCUGUUUGCUUUUCCAACUGCAUUUUGCUUUUACUAUUGCAGGGCAAGUAAUGAAUUCUAAGGAUCUGGGGAAAAUUUUACUCCUUUUUUUAUGUAUAGUGACAAAACUAUGUCUAUAUUCUAAUGCUCAGCAUUGUAUGAUGACAUUUUUCUAAAUAAACAAAGUGGGUAACACAGGGAAA